GCAGUGCUGGCUGAAGGGUGGAGACUGAGUGGAGAACCAAGGCAGCUGUUUGCUGGAUCAGUGAGGACGGGGGUUGCAUUGUCUUCUUGUGCAAAAAUUUGGAUACCCCUCCAGGCUGGGACUCGAGGGCACAUAAAACACUGCUAAGAGGAAAAUUCUGAUCUGAAAGCAGAAGUUGCACUAACUAACUGCAGAAGAGGCCACUGACAUCUCAGACAAAUACCCUCAUUAUUAAGCUGUAGCACACCCCUAAAAGUCGCAUGGCCAGUAACAAUACAGCCAGCAUUGCCCAAGCCAGAAAACUGGUGGAGCAGCUCAAGAUGGAGGCCAACAUCGACAGGAUAAAGGUGUCGAAAGCAGCAGCAGACUUGAUGUCUUAUUGUGAAGCACAUGCUAAAGAGGAUCCGCUGCUAUCUCCAGUUCCAGCAUCUGAAAACCCCUUUAGGGAGAAGAAGUUCUUCUGUGCCAUACUGUAAUCUGGGCAACUUUCUAAUCUAGCUUUCCAGACUUAGAUAAGAAUCCUCGAUUGGUAUAACUGAGGCAUGGAAAAUGCCUUAAUCAAAUGCUCAUGAUGGGUGAAAUUUGUACCAACAAGUAAAUUUCAGCAAAUCAGAUGCUUACAUGGCAUUUCAUGUUUGAAAGAAACUUGAGGAGCUCCAUUUGGGAAUGAAGAUACUCAAACAUGCCUGACAGAAAUCAGGCAGGUUCCCAAGGUAUGUAGUGUAGCUGCCAAGGCCAGCUGGUAGAGAGCUGUACAAAAAAAAGACAGACAGACAGACACACACACACACACACACACACACUUGAUGGUGUAAUGGUACAGUUCUGCUGAUGGUGUUAAAGACAGUAUUUUUAUCAUAAUGUUUUAAUAUUAAAAUGUUUGGCAAUAUAAAUUAAAUUGUAUUCUGUUACUGGUGUUUACUUUCUGAAUUAUAUCUCAAUAGAUUAACGAAAUCAUUUUAAUGAAAAAUUUGAAGCCAAAUUCGUAUGUAUAUAACAAUGUGGUUGUUUUCUUCAGAUACUACUUCUUUUUUUUAAAAAGUAUUUAAUAGCUAGCAGUUAAACUGUUGUGAAUGUGGAAAUGUCAGUAAUGACUGCAUGAGAAUCAUGUUUUUCAUUAAAUGUAAAAAUUGUUUUUGACAGAAGACAGAAUCCAUAUUCUGUUUUUAAUUGUAUUAAAUUAUUAAAAUACUUAAAGGGUG